UUAUAACAGGGCUGGUCGUUCCAUCGUGGCGGAUGUGCUGGGCUUCGCAUGUUUCCCAUUGACUGCCGUUAUGUCGUGCUUUACGCUUAACACACGCUCAGAGGCGGUCAUCCUGCACUACGGAACGUACACAGGCACCAUCGACGAGCCAGGGUGCCAUUUCGUCAACUGCUUUGGGCGGGAAAUCCGCACCAUCCUCACAUCACAGAAGAGUGUGGACAUUCCCAAUGUGAAGGUGCUCGAUGGCAAUGGUAACCCGAUCAUAGUCUCGGCCAUCCUUACCUACAGAUUCGUAGAUAGCAAGAAAGCGCUGCUCAACGUCCUGAGCCCCAACGAGUACGUCAUGACCCAGGCCAGUGCCACACUCAAACAGAUUGUCAGUCAAUUCCCUUACGAAUCCGAAGGCGACGAACCUUCCCUCAAGAACGAAAGCCAGCACAUAGGCAACCUUAUGCGAGAUGCGCUUCAGAAGACUGUGGCUCCCGCGGGGGCUAUCAUACAGAGCAUGCAGCUGAACGAGCUCAACUACGCACCUGAGGUGGCCAAUGCAAUGCUGAAGAAGCAACAGGCUAAGGCUAUGAUUGCCGCACGCGAGCACAUUGUUCAGGGUGCCGUGGCUAUAUCACAGAUGGCCAUUAAACAGCUAGAGGCUGGGGGUCUGGAAAUGACUGCGGGGGAGCGUGUUAAGCUCAUCACCAAUCUGCUGACAGUCACAUGCUCCGAUAGCGAUACAGUACCUACGGUGCAGGUGUAGACUGGUAGACUGAACUGCUGAUAUGUGCGAAUAAGGAUGGAUGGAUGGACGUACAUGCUAAUGCAUAUAUGGAGGUAUAUUGUAUACACGCAACGCAUAUAUAUAUAUGCUAUUGCAUAUAUGGAGGUGUAUUGUAUGCACGCAACGCGUAUAUAUAUAUAUAUAUAUAUAUAUA